AUGAAUGCAUCAAGACGUGAUAGUGAUAUAGCACGACAAUUUGUUGAGUUAGGAUUUCGAGGUAUUGGCCAUGCUCUAUCUCGAAAAGAUUUUCAAGAACGAAAAUAUCAUGCUGAACUUAUUCUUCAAUCUCGUCGACAAGGACCAAUAUCAAUCAUUAGUGAUUCAUUAACUGUUAUUGAACCAUUUGCUCAAGCACUUGCUUCUCGUGAAGAAGCUAAUCGAACUACCCGUUUAUUGACAAUUAUUUUUAUUCGCGAUAGAAACAAUGUCGGUCAUGAAAUAUCAGGAUACAUUGAUUAUGCAUCUCGAUUAAAACUCGACGAUUUCACACAAUUUUUUAUUGGGCAAAAUAAACUUGUACCAUUAACAACAGAUUUAAGCUUUUAUAAUUGGGAUACACAUAUGUCUACAUCAAAUGAUUCGAAUAAUUUUCAUUUAUUACCCGAUGUCAAUGGAAUACGAUUUCGAUGCCAGCAUGAUAGAAAAAUUGUUCAUGUUGAUCCAGAAUCAAAAAACUAUGGAGAUGGAACCACAAGAACAUGUGUUAACACAGAUGGUUAUUUACAAAUUAUUCUCUAUGUAAAUAUUGAAAACAUUUUCUUUUUCCUUUUUUGUGAACAGUUAAAAAAAAUCGUUAUUCUCUUCUGA